UAAAGAUGGUCAUUCUCAGCUGUUGAUUCUCAUCUACCAUCAAGCACAAACAUUAACUCAUUCGACAUAUAGAUCCACAAAUCUAAACCAUUCAACGAAAUGUCUGGAGCUAACACACACAUGAACGAACAUCCCUCCGGCGGCACUAGAGGUGGUGCCAGCGUCGAGCCAACACCAGCAAACAACGUCGGCGGCGGCCGAGGCUGGGGCGACCCUGGAUUCCUCAAGGGUGGUACCGGCGGAGAAGGAACAGGUCAUAUCUCUGACAAAAUCAAGACAUCACUGUCAUCCGCAGACGAGUUCUCGAGUCUCCGAGAACAGAAGGGUAUGGCGGAGCAUAAUUUUAUGGAUCGGAGGAAUAGAGAAAUGGGUGAGCAGGAGGGGACGUGCGCGACUGAGGAUCAUAGUUUUAUGACGCGGAAGCCUGGUGGUUCGGAUACUUUACCUGGAUGGGAGAAGGCGAAGAGUACUUUGGGUAAUAUGUUUGGUUGAAUGGGUUAUGAUGGAGUGAUCAUCGAGACUGUAUAGGGUUAGGAAAGUGUUUACUGGAGUUUUUGUAGUAUUAUGAGAUCUUGUAUU